AGGAGGAGCAGCAGCAGCAGCAGCAGCAGCAGCAGCAGCAGGAGGCGAUGAGGCUCCGCAAUGGCACCUUCCUGACGCUGCUGCUCUUCUGCUUCUGCGCCUUCCUGUCGCUGUCCUGGUACACGGCUUUCAGCGGCCAGAAAGGGGAUGUGGUGGACGUUUACCAGCGUGAGUUCCUCGCCCUCCGGGACCGCCUACAUGCGGCUGAGCGGGAGAGCCUCAAGCGCUCCAAAGAGCUGAACCUGGUCCUGGAUGAGAUCAAGAGGGCCAUCUCCGAGAAGCAGGGCCUGAGGGAUGCCAACCGGACCUGGACCAGCCUGUCGGAUGAAACCAAGCUGAAGCUGUGGAACGUCACCAGCAAGAAUGUUCUGCGCCUGCCCACCAUCUUCCACCACCUGCCUCACCUGCUGUCCAAAGAGAGCAGUCUGCGCCCCACAGUGCAUGUGGGGCAGGGCCGCACUGGAGUGUCCAUCGUGCUAGGGAUUCCCAGUGUGAAGCGAGAGGCCCACUCAUACCUGACGGACACGCUCAGCUCCCUCAUCUCGGAGCUCACCCAGCAGGAGAAGGAGGACGCGGUCAUCGUCGUCCUCAUCGCCGAGACCGAUAUGCAGUAUGCCACCGGGGUCACCGGCAACAUCAAGACCUUGUUCCCCAGCGAGAUCCGCUCGGGCCUCUUGGAAGUGAUCUCUCCAUCUCCCCACUUCUACCCCGACUUCUCCCGCCUCCGCGAGUCCUUCGGGGACCCCAAGGAGAGGGUCAGGUGGAGAACCAAGCAAAACCUGGAUUAUUCCUUCUUAAUGAUGUACGCACAGUCCAAAGGUGUCUACUAUGUGCAGCUGGAAGACGACAUCAUAGCCAAGCCAAACUAUCUGAGCACUAUGAAGAACUUUGCUCUGCAGCAGCCUUCCGACGAGUGGAUGAUCCUGGAGUUCUCGCAGCUGGGUUUCAUCGGGAAGAUGUUCAAGUCGCUGGAUCUCAGCCUUAUCGUGGAGUUCAUCCUCAUGUUCUACAGAGACAAGCCCAUCGACUGGCUUCUGGACCACAUCCUAUGGGUCAAAGUCUGCAACCCGGAGAAAGAUGCCAAGCACUGUGAUAGGCAGAAGGCCAACCUACGAAUCCGCUUCAAGCCGUCCCUCUUCCAGCACGUGGGCACCCACUCCUCCCUCGCUGGGAAAAUCCAGAAAUUGAAGGACAAAGAUUUUGGGAAGCAUGCCCUGCGGAAGGAGCACGUCAAUCCACCCGCCGAGGUGAGCACCAGCCUCAAGACCUACCAGCACUUCACACUGGAGAAAGCCUACAUGAGGGAAGAUUUCUUCUGGGCCUUUACCCCGACCGCUGGGGACUUCAUCCGCUUCCGUUUCUUCAAGCCACUCCGCAUCGAGAGGUUUUUCUUCCGCAGUGGCAACAUCGAACACCCAGAGGACAAACUCUUCAACACCACAGUGGAGGUGCUGCCCUUCGAUAGUCUCCAGUCAGACAAGGAGGCCCUGCAGGAAGGCCGGGGGAUGGCCCUCAGAUAUCACCGGACAGCGGACGGCUACAUCCAGAUAGGUUCCUUCUCCAAAGGCGUGGCCGAAGGGGAAGUGGAUCCAUCAUUCGGACCCCUGGAAGCCAUCAGGCUGACCAUCCAGACAGAUUCCCCUGUGUGGAUUAUUCUGAGUGAGGUAUUCCUCAAGAAGGCAGAUUGAAAUGACUCAGGGGUGGAUCUGAGGGGUGGCAGCGCUGAGCAACCCAAUUGCUCCUGUUCCUCCUCCUCCUCCUCCGUCUCUACCACAGCCGCUGCUGCCGCGGUCACCACGUCCCCGGAGCCAGGGCGCAGGCGAGCUCUGGGCCCGGGCCUCCGCCCCGGUUGGGGGCUGGGGAACGUGCAGCAGCCCCUGCUGAUGGGAACUGCAGCCUCCUCUUCCUGUGUCGCCACGAUUUCUCUCCUAGCUGGGUGCAGAAGGAUCGGGGAGUGGGUGCCAGGGCCGGUACCCGGGCGGGAAGGGCCUGUGGGGUCGGAAUGCUCUGCGGUCUCUCGGGCCCAGGGCCUCCCACGCCAGCUUCAGCCGGGCACAGAGCAGAGUGGACAGAGCCCGUAAGUUGCUGACACCGGCCUGGGGGCGACUCCACCUUCCCUGCUCCCCAAACUGCUCGUCCACCCCUCGAGGGCAUGUCUUUGGAUCCCGGACCCCACCUCUGAGCCCUGACCUCUGGAGAGGUCCCUGGCGGUGCUGUGGCGCCCCGGGAUCCAGGACAGGAGCACACCUUCACACUCCCAGAGUGGACAGUCGUGGGGACCGGGGAGGCUACAGCCAGGGCAGGACCCGGGAUGGGCCGAUAGCUCGAAGGAGCUGUCAUUGCCCUGUCUGCCACAGAGAGAGGGCCAGGGGCCUUGUGGGAAAUGCCAGGCUGGUCACACAGCUCCUCCCGCCCUUCCUGCUGCUCCCUGUCCGUGGGGCACGGGACCGGAGGAGUCCAGGCAUCCUCUCCACCUCCCUGAGUCAAGGCUGCUCGGUCCAGGAGCCGGGGGCAGCCAGCCCCCCGACCACACCGUGCCUGCCGAUGUGUCCCAAGCGGCUCCAGCCUGCUGGACCUUGUCCCUCAGUCUGUGGCUGCCCCCCAGCGGACCCACACCCACGGGGCUCGGGCCAAAGGGCCACUCUCAGAACUGUUUUUGGUCUGAACUCGCAGCUGCCUCCAGCUCUCUACACUGGAAUGCAUUAUACUACUUUAAUGUGCUGUGUUUUUUAUUAUUGGAUACAUUUGAUUUUUUCAAGUACAUCUAUAUAUAAUUAUAUAAAAACGUGCACUGUAAUAAAGGUUUAAUUCCAUUUGAACUCUC